AGUAAUUUUCUUACAAGUUUGUCUAUUCUAAUUAUAAGUUUCCUUUUCUUAAAGAUAAGGGACGAUAGAGUUGAACUAUCAGUUUCCUGAUUUCCACCGUUAAAUUCUUCUCCGACUAAUCAGUAAGUCAAGUGUUAAAACCUUCAGUGUCUCUCAAUCCGCUAAGGUUUGGAAGAAAAUGGCAACUUCAUCAGGAGGUAAAGCCAAGUACAUAAUCGGUGCUCUCUUCGGCUCUUUUGGAAUCUCAUACAUCUUCGACAAAGUUGUCUCUGAUAAUAAGAUCUUUGGAGGGACUACUCCAGGAACUGUCUCUAACAAAGAAUGGUGGACAGCCACAGAUGAAAAAUUCCAAGCAUGGCCAAGAACUGCUGGUCCUCCCGUUGUUAUGAAUCCCAUUAGCCGUCAGAAUUUCAUCGUCAAGUCGCGUCCUGAAUGAGAGAUCAAUAUGCUUUCAUUUUCAGAAUAAGAUGAAUGACCAUGUUUCUAAACCAAUACGUGCUUGUACUACUAGAUAACAAUACAUUACAACACAGUUUGUGGAACUAUUCAACAGACUAUCUUCUGUUAAAACUUAAAUAAGCUAUUGCAAAACC